AUCUUGCAUUUCUCUGUCAGAGAAAAUGAAGGCCUGUUCUGUUAGUAUUUAUCUCGCAUUCGCAGGCUUCUUGAAUUUUUAUGGUGCUGCUGCCAUUCGUGUCAUGGUGCUACUUUUGCAUGACCACCGGGUUGUUAAGGCUACUUCUCAACUCACCAGAGUACAACAUAGACCAUCUUGGAUCGCGAAUUCACGACAGGAGAUUUUUCAAGAGUUUGAAGUUUUUAUAGAUCUACGUGCCAACUGUUUGUACGAGGGUUCAUUAGAGAGACUAUUUGAUCCUCGCAGUCAUGCUGAAGAUGUCCCAGUAACAGUUAGGUUCAAGUUAGGCGUUGAGCAUCAUGCAGGCCCUAUGCAUUUCAAGAUUUACAAUCAUGGUAUAACUUUUGAACCAUUAGCCAAGGGUUAUGUAUUUGUAGCAAUACCGGGGACUAAACGUGUCUAUUAUGCAAAGUUACAAACUGAAGUUGUCAGCUAAAUAAACCCUGAUU